CCCUCCGGAAGCGGAAGCGGGCAGCGCUUCCUCCUUCCGGCUUAUGGCGGAGCGCGGUGGGGCCGAGCGGCGAUGGACAGCGAGUUCUCGGACGCGGAAGCGGGGCCGGGGGGGGAGGAGAACGCGCCCGUUUAUUGCGUGUGCCGCAAACCGGACAUCAACUGCUUCAUGAUAGGAUGCGACAACUGCAACGAGUGGUUCCAUGGCGACUGCAUCAACAUCACCGAGAAGAUGGCCAAGGCCAUCCGGGAGUGGUACUGCCUCCAGUGCCGCGAGAAGGAUCCCAGCCUGGAGAUCCGCUACCGGCACAAGAAGUGGAGGGAGAAGGAGCGCGAGCACGAGAGCUCCAAAGCCCAGGAGCUGGCGCUGGAGCAGGGCCGAGCGGCCAAGAUCAAGCGCUCGGCGCGGAUGUGUGGGGAGUGCGAGGCGUGCCGGCGCCCCGAGGACUGCGGGCAGUGCGACUUCUGCCGCGACAUGAAGAAGUUCGGGGGCCCCAACAAGAUCCGCCAGAAGUGCCGCCUGCGGCAGUGCCAGCUGCGCGCCCGCGAGUCCUACAAGUACUUCCCCACCUCGCUGUCCCGGGGGCGCGAGGGGGAGCUGGAGCUGCUGAAGGAGCAGCUGGGGGCCACGGGGCCCCCCGAGAGCCUCUCGGACGAGGAACUGCCGCUGGACCCCCGCCUCUACCAGGAGCUCUGCGCCGGAGCCUUCGAUGAGCACGGCCUGCCAUGGCUCAGUGACGCCGAGGACGCCCCUUUCCUCGACCCCGUCCUGCGGAAGCGCGCCGUCAAAGUCAAACACGUCAAGCGCCGGGAGAAGAAGUCGGACAAGAAGAAGGAGGAGCGCUACAAGCGGCACCGGCAGAAGCCGCGGCACCGCGAGCGCAGCCGGCACCCGGAGCGCGCCGACACGCGGGACCCGGCGGGGCUGGGGCAGUGCCUGGGCCCCGGCUGCACCCGCCCGGCCCGGCCGCCCUCCAAGUACUGCAGCGAGGCCUGCGGGGUCAAACUGGCCGCCAACCGCAUCUACGAGAUCCUGCCGCAGCGCAUCCAGCAGUGGCAGCAGAGCCCGUGCGUGGCGGAGGAGCACGGGAAGCGGCUGCUGGAGCGCAUCCGGCGGGAGCAGCACCAGGCGCGCCUGCGCCUGCAGGACAUGGAGCGGCGCUUCCACGAGCUCGAGGCGCUCAUCGCCCGCGCCAAGGGGCACCCGGCACGGCACGACGAGGAGAGCACGGAGGGGGACAGCGAGGACACGGAGCUGCAGAUCUUCUGCGUCUCCUGCGGCCACCCCAUCAACCCCAAGGUGGCGCUGCGGCACAUGGAGCGCUGCUACGCCAAGUACGAGAGCCAAACGUCCUUUGGGUCCAUGUACCCCACACGCAUCGAGGGGGCCACCCGCCUCUUCUGUGAUGUCUACAACCCCCAAAGCAAGACCUAUUGCAAGCGCCUGCAGGUGCUGUGCCCUGAGCACUCGAGGGACCCCAAGGUCCCCGCGGACGAGGUGUGCGGGUGCCCGCUGGUCCGGGACGUGUUCGAGCUCACGGGCGAGUUCUGCCGCGCCCCCAAGCGGCGCUGCCACCGCCAUUACUGCUGGGAGAAGCUGCGGCGCGCGGAGGUGGACCUGGAGCGCGUGCGCGUGUGGUACAAGCUGGACGAGCUCUUCGAGCAGGAGCGCAACGUGCCGGCCAUGACGAACCGGGCGGGGCUGCUGGCGCUGAUGCUGCACCAAACCAUCCAGCACGACCCCCACACCACCGACCUGCGCUCCCAGCGCUGACCCACGGCACCCCAUAGCGACCCAUAGCGACCCAUAG